AUGGAAAGGGCAUUAACAUUAUAUGAAAGAGAGAUAGAUAAUCAUAACUUUAUAAAUGCUUUUGAUAACUUAAUAAAGCUAUUAGUUAAAGAAAUUAGUGAAUGUCAGGAUUUGCUACAAGCCAAUAGGCAACAAAAAACAUGGCAGAAAAGUGGAAAACUUGCAUUUUG